AUGGAAACUGGGUCAUCAAGGUCCAGCAUCCUCCUAUACGUUCUUGUUCUUAUGCUGGUCUUGUCUCCAAUGCUUCCAUGUCAAGCAGCUAGUGUGCCUCUAGGAGGUGGAGGGCGUAAGCUGAUGGCACCGUCACCACCAAUUCGCAUGUGUCCACAGUGUGUGUGUUGCGCACCGGCUCCACCGGGUUACUGCUGUCCAUGUCGCUGUCCCGAUGGUCCCUAA